AUGGUGGCCCUGGGGCUCCUGCUUCCCAUCUGUGCUUCUCAGUGGGACAAGUUGGGUGGUAUCUCUGGCCGACACUCUGUGCACAACUCUUACGAUGCUGGUAACGGCUCCUGGACAUGCCUAAUUCUGGCUAUUGCCCUGCUCUGCCUACCUUGGCUUCAAGAGGGCAGUGCCUUCCCAACCAUUCCCUUAUCCUGGCUUUUUAACAACGCUGUGCUCCGCGCCCAUCACCUGCACAAGCUGGCAUUUGACACGUACCCGAAGUUUGAAGAAGCCUAUAUCUCAAAGGAACAGAAGUAUUCAUUCCUGCGCAACCCCCAGACCUCCCUCUGCUUCUCAGAGUCUAUUCCGACACCCUCCAACAAGGAGGAAACACAACAGAAAUCCAACCUAGAGCUGCUCCGCAUCUCCCUGCUGCUCAUCCAGUCGUGGCUGGAGCCCGUGCAGUUCCUCAGGAGUGUGUUUACCAACAACCUGGUGUAUGGCGCCUCGAACUUCAACGUCUAUCUCUACCUAAAGAACCUAGAGGAAGGCAUCCAAACGCUGAUGUGGAGGCUGGAAGACGGCAGCCCCCGGACUGGGCAGAUCUUCAAGCAGACCUACAGCAAGUUUGACACAAACUCACACAACGAUGACACACUGCUCAAGAACUACAGGCUGCUCUACUGCUUCAGGAGGGACAUGAACAAGGUCGAGACAUUCCUGCGCACCGUGCAGUGCCGCGCUGUGGAGGGCAGCUGUGGCUUCUAGAUGCCUGGGUGGCAUCCC